GUCCCACCCAAACUGAGGGAAGGGGGUUGACCGGACCUGCCCACAGCAAAUGUCUUCGGUGUGGACUUGUGUUGCUGUUAGAUAGUUUCAAUCCUUUCACAGCUGACAUCUCUGUUAACCGGACAGAAGGCUGAAACUCAAGAUGAGGGUUUGGAUCUUCUUCCUAAUCUGCCUUGCUGGCACGACCUUGGCUGCACCAACUGAAGAGGAGCCAGUUGUGGAGGAGGAGCCAUUUGUUGAGGAAGAGCCAAUUGUUGAAGAGGACCCAAUUGUUGAAGAGGAGCCGGAAGUGGGAGCCAACCCGGUCCAGGUGGAGACAGGAGAAUUUGAUGAGGCCAUUGAGAUUGUGGAGGAUUUUUUUCCUGAGAACCCCUGCCUGAACCAUCACUGCAAGAAAGGCAAAGUGUGCGAGGUGGAUGACAGCAACGAGCCAAUGUGUGUGUGCCAGGACCCCCUGACAUGCCCCGCCCCUGUGGGAGAAUUUGAGCAUAUCUGUGGAACUGACAACAAAACAUACGAGUCCUCUUGCCACUUCUUCGCCACCAAAUGCGCCCUGGAGGGUACCAAGAAGGGCCACAAGCUGCACCUGGACUACAUCGGACCCUGCAAACUCAUUGCCCCCUGCUUGAACAACGAGCUGAAUGAGUUUCCCCUGCGCAUGAGGGACUGGCUGAAGAACGUGCUGGUGGCCCUGUUUGAGCGUGAUGAGGAAAACAACCUGCUCACAGAGAAGCAGAAACUGAGAGUGAAGAAGAUCUAUGAGAAUGAGAAGAGACUGGAGGCUGGUGAGCACUCUUUGGACCUUCUGGCUCUGGACUUUGAGAAGAACUACAACAUGUACAUCUACCCUGUGCACUGGCAGUUUGGCCAGCUUGACCAGCACCCCAUUGACGGGUUCCUGUCCCACACUGAACUGGCCCCUCUGCGUGCCCCUCUCAUCCCUAUGGAGCACUGCACCACCAGCUUCUUUGAGCAUUGUGAUGCUGACAAGGACAAGUACAUCGCUCUUGAGGAAUGGGCCAACUGCUUUGGAAUCAAAGAGCAGGAUGUCGACAACGACCUUGUCAUCUAAAGCAUGUCAUCUAAAGCAUUUGACACUUCCUAGUUACUAUUGGGACGAGGUGCUAACCCUUAAAUUAAAAUCAAAGUAAAGGUGCUAAUCGCAUUUGCUAACAACCUGCAUACUGUAUACCACUAAACAUUCAUAAUGUUUAAAGAGUGCACAACUCACACUGCCCGUUUUAAGUCUAAAGUUAGCUGAAGUUCACAAGACAGAUGUUGUACAGGCUGUAUUCAAGAGAGAGUUGAACUACAGUAUGAUGAACUAUGUACAUGUAUGUUGCCAGAUAAACGUUUGAGUCCACAAAAGUAAAACUCAGAAUCAGGGCUUUAUUUUAAUGUUAGUUUGGAUGAUGGAAAUGUACAAAAACAAAAUAAAGUUUCCAAAUAAAUGUCCUUUUUGCUUGCUUUAUAAACUUUUUUUGUUUUAUUUGUUGCAUAAUUGGUGGUGGGUUUUAUUCUUUUGCUUUCUUUCUAAGAUCUAAAAAAAACAUCUUUAAAUUGAGCCCUGAAUAUUUACAGGUUGUUGUUUUCAUUUGCUCAUUGUACCUUUCGGAAAUCAGGGCGAAAUGUUGAGUGUUAUAAAAUUUGAAUAAUAUACAAGAAAAUAUUAUUUGAACUUCAAGAGGACAUUAUCUCGCAGGAUGAGAUUUUUUCUCCCUCUAACAUGUUCACAUACAUUUGCAGUAUUUGCCACAAUGUGAGCGCUAUGCAACUCUUAAAAAAAUAAAAGCUACUGAAUUUUUCAAACUCAA